AUGCUUCGAGGCGAUCUCUCCAUCUAUCUCCAUGAUUUCCUUCACGAGUAUCUGGCGUUGCCUGCGUCUUCCGUUGAUCUGGUCAAGGUGCAGAGUUUGUUCCAGGAAGCCGUUUUCCACGUUUUCCCGCCAAAUUUGGCUUCGGCGCAGAAGUUCGUCGAAUCGCUGAGUGUGGAGAAACGGAGAGCCACGGGGAACGAACGGGGAUGGGAUGUGAUCGAAAUCGGCGUGAAUUUGAAUUAUCCGCUGAACAUCAUCAUUUCGAAUUCAUUGCUUCAGAAAUACAAAAAAUUGUUUUAUCAAUUGCUUCUACUGAACCGGGUUUGCCGCUCGCUCGAUACAACGUGGGGAAUUUUAAACCAACUCAAAGAAAAAUCCGUGCAGAGCAUUCUAUUGGACGCACGAAUUUUGCAUAACAAUUUCAAAUACUUUUUCAAUACGAUUCUUUUCUUCUUGUCCACCGAUGUAAUUAUCCCAGCAGCUUCGAAAUUCGAAGCAGAGCUUCCCAGCUACAACACAAUCGAUGCAUUUGUCCAAAACUUCGAAGACUUCGUCGGCGGCAUUUACGAAAAAUGUUUUUUGGUUUCUGACAGUCUGCAGCGCGCAUUGCGAACCGUCUGCAACGUUUCCAUCGACUUCGUGGAUUUGAUUACUUCGCAGCUCUGCCAGAAAAGCGAAUUCAAACAACGUCGCGAUUAUUCUCUGGACAGUUCUCUCGCUGAAGAACCUCAGGACCGCACAAUUUCGCAGAUAACCGCGGAAAUGAAAGCGAGACGGCGAGAGCGCAGCGCGAAGCUUCGCGAAGUGAGCGAAUCGGAAGAGUGGAAGGUGGGAAUCGAUUCAUUGCGAAAGCGAUUCGAGAAAAGUCGCAGCGAGUUUUUGAGUUUGUUGGAAAGCCAGCCGGGAUUCCUGCAGUCGUCGUUUCUGGGGCUGCAUCGAAAGCUGCGAUUGGCGUAUCGUGUGUAGUUUUGUUUUG